UCGAGUCUCUCCCUGCGGUACGUCACAUCAUGACAGCGUGCUGGGAUAAAGAGGCUUCAACAGGGGAUUUAAACUGUUGUCUAGACGAGUUCACAGAGACCGGAGAUUUACAUGAAUAGCAAGAGUCAGACUCUUUUAGCUGAGUUUCUAUUACUAAUAUCUGAAUUUAAAAGACUGUCUAGUGUGAGGUAGCUAAGACUGUUAGCUGUUAGAAAGCCAAAUCGUCCUGUUGGAUGUCUCGAGUCACACCCUAAUCUACAGUAUCCUGCUAUCGGCCAUACAGAUACACACAGAUGGAUUAUUUCUGGGCUGCUUCUAGUUUCUAUCAUAUCAGUAACUUGAUUUAAGCAACUAAGUAGUAUUAUAGGAGUCAUGCAUGUCCAGUUACAGUCUAGUUUAUUGUGGGACAGAUAACGUUAGCCAGCUAGCUAGUGUGUGAUCUCUCAUCACUGUUACUGAGGAAGAUGAGCUCACCAAUGUACACGUUUGUGUUGCGAGAUGACAACAGCACGGUGUAUGCCGAGGUCGCCAAGAUCCUCAGCUCAACUGGAAAAUGGAAACGACUGAAGAAAGACAAUCCUCGAUUUAAUUUAAUGCUAGGGGAGAGAAAUCGACUGCCUUUUGGACGCCUUGGUCAUGAACCGGGACUGAUGCAACUAGUGAAUUAUUACAGAGGAGCUGAUAAACUCUGUCGCAAAGCAUCACUGGUCAAGAUUAUCAAGACCAGUCCAGAGUUGAAAGAUUCUUGUAACUGGUUUCCUGAGUCUUACACUAUAUACCCAACUAACCUCAACACUCCAGUAGCUCCAGCCACCAAUGGCAUCAGUCACAUGAAGAGCAACCCCAAAACAGAUGAGCGAGAGGUCUUCUUAGCAUCACAUCAAUCCAGAAAAGAAAGCGGAGAGGGAACAGUGUGGAUCGCCAAAGCAUCAGCAGGUGCAAAAGGUGCAGGCAUUAUGAUAUCCCAUGAUGCAAACCAAUUGCUGGACUUCAUUGAUAAUCAAGGUCAAGUGCACAUCAUUCAGAAAUAUCUAGAAAAACCUCUGCUGCUAGAACCAGGACAGCGCAAAUUCGAUAUAAGGAGUUGGGUGCUUGUAGACCAUCAGUAUAAUAUCUACUUGUAUCGUGAGGGUGUGUUAAGGACGUCGUCGGAGCCGUACAACAGCACGGAUCUCCAGGAUAUGACCAGUCACCUGACCAAUCACUGCAUCCAGAAAGAGCAUUCUCAAAACUACGGCCGUUACGAGGAGGGCAACGAGAUGUUUUUUGAUGAAUUCAGACAGUACCUGUUGAGUGCGCACAACGUUGCCAUGGAAACAUCAAUUUUACCUCAGAUCAAGCAUAUAAUCAGGAGCUGUCUCGUAUGCAUCGAGCCAGCCAUCAGCACUAAACAUCUUUCCUACCAGAGCUUCCAGCUCUUUGGAUUUGACUUCAUGCUAGAUGAGAGCUUUAAAGUCUGGCUAAUUGAGAUCAAUGGGGCACCUGCUUGUGCACAGAAACUCUACCCUGAGCUGUGUCAAGGCAUCGUUGACGUGGCCAUCUCCACAGUGUUUUCUCUAAGUGCAGAUGCCCUCUCACCCUCUCCUCCAUUCUCCACUUCUCCAUCUGUCUCCUCCAAUAACUGCUCCUCACCCAAAAUCAGAGCACCUAAUCACUUUGGCCCAUUCAUUAAACUAUAACUUGCAGUAGCAGGACGCAGCUGAUGCGGUAUAGCCGCUCCAUAGUUCUGCCCAAAAACAACUUAAGCUAUUGUGUCUCCCUAUGAAUGUUAUUGGUCUGGGGGGGGUAGGUCAAUAUUCAACCUUCACUAUCUGCUUCUGCUGUCAUCUAUUAAGAAAACAGAGGCCAUAUGAAUUAAGUCAACCUGAGUUUGAAAGGUGAAGGGAAUCCUACACACAGCAGCAUCCAGGUGAUUAAGUUUCAAAUGCCACGUGUGUACGCUUACUUUGCUUCUUGCAAUUGAAGCUACAAAUGUUUGGGGAUUUAAAAAUGUAACUUUUAAGACAUGGAUUGCAAGCAUGCAUUUGAAUGAGGAGUUCCCACCAAAGAAGAUGCUUUAGAUCUCUGUUGUGUCCACCAGACUCCUCAGGACUUUCCCAGGCAUCUUGAUGUAACAAAUGAUGGAGUAGAAUUUUCUUCCUGAGACUUUAGUGCCUUACAUGCUGUAUUCACACCCUUGACACGAACUCCCAUCAUGCUCGGCCAGACAUUCUUGUGUAAAAUCUUUGUGUCCCAUCCGCUGUAUCGACUGUAAAAAAUCUUGCGUGUGUAUUGAAUGGUUUUGUCGCUACAUGUGGAUCUUUCUCAGAUUCAUAUUCUUAUUAUCAUUUGCAGUGUAUUGUUGUAAUGUUUACAGGAAGUAUUUGUUGCACUGUUGUCUUGUCACUGUUUUAUCAGAGACCAGAAGUGUGUGUUAGGUAUUAAAACUUUUCUUGGUUUUGUUUCUGUUUGCAGUCAAAUGUAUGGUCUGUUAUUGGCUUAUAAUUACUUUGACGUGUUAUCUGGAAGAAUUUCUCCCUGCUUGUAUUUGUUGUCAGAAUAUACAUAUACAGCAUUCAAGACUUAAGAUAAUGAAAGUAAGUGACACAUCAAAAAGCCUGUAAUAGUCCACCAAUUUUGAUGGCAAAUGUUUAGUUUACAUCCAAGUCAGUUCAAUAUGAUUUUUCUUGUCUGAUUAAGGAAACCUUUUAUGACUUGAGAUGUUGCAUGUCAAUGCAUGUCAAAUCCUGUGUUCUUUAUACAUUAUUUACCUAGUUAAGGAGAUUUCUCCAAGUUAGUAAUGUUUUCUCUGUUAUAAA